AUGGACUGGGAGGACGGCGGAUACUGCGUAACGGACAAGCCGCAUCCCAGGGGGGAGAUCCUCGUGUCAGGCCCCACCGUCGCAAAGGGCUACUUCCGCCUUCCGGAGGUGACGCAGGAAGCGUUCAUCGAGAAGGAGGGUCAAGUGUGGUACAAGACGGGCGAUAUCGGCCAGAUUGACGAGACGGGGGUUCUGCGCAUCAUCGACCGCAAGAAGGAUCUGGUGAAGCUGCGAGACGGUGAAUUCCUCUCCUUGGGCGACGUCGAGACCAAACUGAAGACGCAUCCUGUGAUCGAAAAUAUUUUUGCGCUAAGGAAGUUUGUAGAAAGCCUCAAGCUGGACAGCAAGCGCGACUUCGAAAGUCUCACUCAAGACCCUGCCGUGGUAGCCGCUGUGCUAAAGGAGCUGCAGGCCCACGGCAUGAAGCAGGGACUUCGUAUGCGGGACCUUCCUGUAGGCCUCUUCCUGAACACCAAGCCGUGGACCCCGGAGACGGGCCUUGUGACGGCGGCGUUUAAGAUCCGGAGGCAAGCGCUCGUGACAUACUUCAAGGAACACAUAAAUGCUCUCUAUAACAGGUAUUAA